CCUUGGCCAAGGCUUUCCGAGAACAAACUCACGCUCGAAUGCCUACCUACCUACCAAGCCUAUCUACCUACCACGUAAUUAUCAACUUGUCUGCCUGAGGUGCCUGCCGUUUCCAUGCAAGACAAGGUGGGUCUGGCUAAGGGGAGCAUCGUAUAAGAGGCUGCGUCUGCUUCCAACCCCGCCCUCUCUUCACUUUAUAAGUACCUCACCCCAUCACUUUCAAAUCAAACGACAUUCCUCUUCCUCAAUUCAAUCUUUCCAAACUUCAAUCAACUCUCUUGAUAGCCGAAAACAAAACUACUCAAAAUGUCUUUCCACCACUCCGCUGAGAACAUCCGAGUCGAGGGCACCACGCUCUGCGCCAUGCUUCGCAACGGCGAUGGUGAGAUGUGUGACGCCAGUUGUGACCUGAACGACUACAUUGGCAACAACGAGGGUCGCUUUGAGUGGGGUGGAUCCAACUUCUCCGGAAGCGCCGAGGAUAUCAGAUUCGAAAUGGAGGGUGAUGGCCAGCCUAUCCUUCGUGCUCGCCUUCGCGACUCCAACGGCGACCUUCACGAUGCUGACAUCAACCUCACCGAGAGGUUCGGCAACAACAACGGCAACUUCCACUGGCAGUGAACCGAAUGACUUCAACGAACACCUCGAAACGAGACAUGAGAUACGGGCAUUGUGAGGACGGGCUGGAUGAUAAGUCCCUAAAGUGACGUCGAUAGCAUGCCUACAAUACGAAGUCAAUGAAACAAAACAAGAGAACUACUUGAGCAUAGCACUUUCAUGAUUGUGUGCUAGGUCCCAAACAUCCAUUAUCAAGAUGGUCGACUUUUAUACUAUCUUGCUCCUCAAUGGUCACUUGUCGGAUCAUACGAUGGCUUACUUUACAACCAAAAGGUGUCGUUGUAUGCAAACAGCCAGCGCCUGGACAAGGCUGGCCCGUAGCUUGCCAAAGCCGACUAACGACG